GUCCCCCACUGGCUGCUCGGAAAAGCCAUCUUUGCAUUGUUCCCCGGGUCGUGCUCCGCGCUCGCCGCAGCCGCCUUCGCCGCCCACCGCCGCCUCCUCCUCCUCCUCCAACGCGGACUCCGGCAGGUCUCUCGCCAGAGUCCUCGAACUCGACUCCUCGGCUCCCUCGCUGCAUCGGACCACCGGCGUGCCCCACCAUGUCAGACGCGGCCGUGGACACCAGCUCCGAGAUCACCACCAAGGACUUGAAGGAGAAGAAGGAAGUUGUGGAGGAGGCAGAGAAUGGAAGAGAUGCACCUGCCAAUGGGAAUGCUCAAAAUGAGGAAAAUGGGGAGCAGGAGGCUGACAAUGAGGUAGAUGAAGAAGAGGAAGAAGGUGGGGAGGAAGAGGAGGAGGAGGAAGAAGGUGACGGUGAGGAAGAGGAUGGAGAUGAAGAUGAGGAAGCUGAGGCUCCUACUGGCAAGCGGGUAGCUGAGGAUGAUGAGGAUGAUGAUGUUGACACCAAGAAGCAGAAGACUGACGAGGAUGACUAGACAGCAAGAGGAAAAGCUAACCUUACGCACCGUGACCUAUUCACCCUCCGCUUCCCGUCUCAGAAUUUAAACGUGGUCACCUUCGAGUAGAGAAGCAGGCCCCGCCCACAGCGGGCAGUGCCACCCACAGAUGAUAUGCGCUCUCCACCACCCCAACAAAACCACAACGUGAAUUGGCAAACAUGGGAGGAAAAAAACCAGAACUUCCCAGGCCCUGCUUUUUUUCUUAAAAAUACUUUAAAAGGAAAAUUUGUUUGUAUUUUUUAUUUGCAUUUUAUAUUUUUGUACAUAUUGUUAGGGGUCAGCCAUUUUUAAUGAUAACGGGUGACCAAACCAGCCUUCAGAGCGUUUUUCUGUCCUAUUCAGACUUUACUUGUGGUGUGACCAUGUUCAUUAUACUCUCAAAGGAGAAAGAAAACCUUGUAAAAAAAACAAAAACAACAACAAAAAAACAAUCUUAUUCCGAGCAUUCCAGUAACUUUUUUUGUGUAUGUACCUAGCUGUACUAUAAGUAGUUGGUUUGUA